ACUAGUUCCAUUUAGUUUAGUUAAUUUAGUUCCUUUUCAGUUGUUAGAGGACAUGGAGUAGGGUAUUUAUUAUUUUUCCUUUAAAGAUGGAUCAGGUGCUGUACUCAGUAGUACAAUUCCCUAAUGGUGGGACGGCCAUAGUUCUGCAGAGCUGGCUGAGAGAUAACACACUGCUAUGGCCACCCAAAAAAAUUCCACUUGCAAAGGCUUUGCAACAAAGGAUGGAGCCAGAUAGUACAUGGAUCACCUACAGCGAUGUCCGCCAACUAAUUACAUGUCAAACAUAUGAAGAAGCCAGACGAGGAGAACACAAGUACAACACCCCCAUGUGUGCAACCGCUGAAAUUGAGUCAGAGGAGGAAAAAGAAGAACGGGAGAAAAGGAAAACAAAGCCAAAUCCACUGUAUAUGGAUUCUGACUCUGAUGAGCCAUCUGGCGAAGUGAAGAAACCACGGGUUUUACGCCCGCCUAAUGUCAGAGUUCCAGAAUCCUGGUCACAACUGGCAAGAAAUGAGCUGCCCAUCACAAACGAGGAGGACUUUAAUGAGGCCGAAGCCCUCUUAAAAACAGAGGCAGUCCGACAAAAGAUGAUUGCCCGCUUGGCCAUGGUGGGAGGCACCAGCUCGACCUGCAGGAUCAGGAGGAUGCUGGCAGCAGCCUUAACAAACGGCCUGGCCUGUAAAUUUAGUUGGGCAGGGAAAGCGUACAAACACAGUGAGGCCAAGCUGCCAUUUAGGGACACUUCCCUGCAAGACUGCAUGUUUGUUGCUUCUCGGCAGUGUGACAGGAAGCUCACACAGCAGACCUUCAGUGACAUCGUGAAGAACUGGCUACGUUACGCCCCUUGGCGUGCAGGAGGCUUAAAGAAAAAUUAGAUUGUCCUCUUCAUAUGUGCUAUGGCCCUGCACACAUACAAGCCCACUCACACACACACAUAGCAUCACCCCCUUGUUCUUCAUGUUUUGUUUGUUGCAUUAAAAAAAAAGAAAAAAAAAUAUCUAAUAAAUGUUUUUA